GUCUUGAACUACAACUACCUGUAUGCCAUCAAUGCCUGGAUACUGUUGUGCCCACAGUGGUUGUGCUUCGACUGGUCGAUGGGUUGUGUGCCUACAAUUGCCUCCCUUGAUGACCCUCGCCUGAUUGCAGUGAUGCUAUUUUGGGUCAUGUUGCUGCUACUGUUGUGGACUUGCUUGUGCAAUGAAAGUAUAGCCACCAGAAGAGCUGUGAGUUUAGCUAUGGCUGUCAUUGUGGUGCCCUUCUUGCCUGCCACCAAUAUUCUCUUCCGUGUGGGGUUUGUGGUUGCAGAAAGGGUGUUGUACCUUCCAUCAGCGGGGUUCUGUUUGUUGGUUGUUCUUGGGCUCCGGAGAAUCUGCAGCUACCCCAGGCUAACAGAGGUUGCUUUGGCUGGGUUUGUUCUACUGAUUCUUCUGUUUGCUGCCAGAUCAGCACAGAGAAGUAAUGAAUGGAGGAAAGGCAUAUGGUUGUUCAGAGCGGGAGAGAAGGUCUGUCCUGACAAUGCUAAGGUCCAUUACAAUAUCGGAAAGCUGUGUGCAGAUGUUGGGAAAACGGAGGAGGCUAUCGAACGUUACAGACGGGCCAUAGAACUGAACCCUGUGUAUGAUCAGGCUAUGAACAACCUGGCCAACAUGCUCAAGGACCAAGGCAAGGAGCUGGAAGCUGAGCUGUUGCUGGACAAGGCUGUAUCAAUAUCCCCAGAUUUUGCUGCUGCGUGGAUGAAUCGAGGCAUCGUGAAAGCUGCACUGAAGAAAUACCAGGAUGCUGAAUACAGUUAUAAACAAGGCAUAAGAUGUCGCAGGAACUAUCCCGAUUGCUACUACAAUCUUGGGAAUUUGUACAUUGACAUGGGGCGAUCCCAAGAUGCAUUGGAUGCUUACCGCAAUGCCACAAGUCUCAAACCAACUCAUUGGAAUGCUUGGAAUAAUGCCGUUGUACUUCUGGAUAACCUGGGGUUAUAUGACCAGGCGGUAAACCUGGCAUUUUCCGCACUCAAAUUUCUGCCAGAUAAUUCUGCGUUAAUGUUCACCUUGGCAAGUUGUUAUGGCAAGCAGGGCAAGUUUGAGGAGAGUGAGAAGUGGUUCCUGGCAGCCCUGCAGAGAAAUCCACAGAACGCAAACAUUCACCUUAACCUAG